AUGCUAGGUCUGCUUGGAGGCGAGGGAGGGACGAGGAGGACGUUGGAGAAGAUCGGGAACGCGACUCUACAAGAGGAUCGGAAAGCUGCGCUGGUGGAGCUGAAGGAGAGGGCGGAGAAGGAUCCCAUAGGAGUUGCCUCAAUGUCCAUGGGCCUUCUCACUUCGCUUAUCCCCAAGGUCCGCGAUGACGUGGACGAGGUCCGAGCAAUCCUGGAUACCAUGCUCGCAUGCCUGAGCCCUGAGGCCUCGGUGCAUGGGGAGGAGAAAUGCAAGGAGUCGCUGAGCACCAACUCGAAGCUGUACCCUCAGGAUGUGAUUUCCCAGCUGCUGGAGCUGCUGGAGGAGCGAGACUGGAACGCAAGGUUCUCUAUCCUUAGGAUUCUCCAUGUGCUGCAGGAGGUUCACCCAGCAGUGGUGCAGCAGGGCACUCUGUCGAGCCCGCAGGGACUUGCGAGGCUCAUGGACGUGCUUUCCGAUGAGCGCGAGAUUGUCCGCAACGAAGCCCUCCUCGUACUGGUCGCGCUGACUGAGGGCAGCCAGGAGCUGACUAAGAUCAUGGCGUUCGAAGGAGCCUUUGACGUGCUGUUCCGGGUUGUGAAGGAGGAGGACUUCGGCUCUGUGAUCGCGGCCGACAGCAUCGAGAUCGUCAACAACUUGCUGCAUGCCAACCCCUCCAACGCCAACUUCUUCAAGGAGAUGUCAUGCGUUGCUGAGCACGUCGUGCCCCUGUUGAGGAAGGGGAUCGAGUUUGGGAGCACAGGCAGGACAAGCAACACAAGAUGCCUGUUUGAUCAGAUGCUCGACGUCCUGGGGAACCUCCUCACCGCAACCUCUGACCUUCAGAGCAUGCAGACGCACCUGGGCAAGAGCGGAGUCCUGGGCAUCGUAGUGGAGGGUGCGCUACAUCCCUCCAUGGGGUACGAGAGCAGAGGCAAGGCGCUUCGUCUCACGUCCCUCCUGGUGUGGAAGCACUCCCCCAACCGGCUUCUGCUUUCCCAGCUCCUCUGCCCCGGCAAGAGCGGGAGCGUGCUCAGUGCUCUGCUCAAGCUCUGUCUUGAGCUGCACCCGGAGGAAGGCGACAAGUCUGUGCAUCUGCUCAAUGCGUCGGCUGUGCAGGUUUUCAAGUGCUACCUCAGCGGCAACGUAGACGGGCAACAGCAUUUUGCUGCGUCCCUCAUGCCUCAGCCUCCCAUGGACGACCAGGAGCCGCAGGAGGAGCAGCAGCUGGGGCGGGUGGUGAUGGCAGCUCUGCUCGGCUCAUCUCCGGAGGGAGGAGGAGGGGGAGACGUCAGAACGACGAGGGUCUGGGGAGCAGCGCAUGUGCUCAUGUCAGUCCUGCUUGGAAACAGCGUCUGCCAGGAGAUUGCGGCUGCUACUCCGCUGGAGCUGCCGAUGAGCUCGGCUCCUCCUGACUACUUCCUGCAGUCCCUCCUUCAGGAAAGUUGA